AUGGAUGUAACUCUGCCUCCUCCUCUGAUGGUUUCUUCAGGCUUUCUUCCAACUGGUUCCUUGUUAGAAUCACUGAUCCAAAUCUCUAAUGAAGUGACAACCAUGGAAAAGAUUCCUAGUACACAAACCAAGAAUGUUUCAACAAUGAUAAGAAGGAUCAAACUUCUUUCAUCGCUGUUUGAAGAGAUUCAAGAAACAAACAGUCAACUUCCACCUUCUUCCAUCUUGUGUCUCACUGAACUUUAUUCGGUGAUUCGGAGGGUGAAAUCAUUGAUACAAGCAUGUAAAGAAGGUAGCUGUCUAUGGAACCUUGUUCGAGCAGAGAGCAUUUCAAAUCAGUUUUAUGUGAUUGUGAAAGAAAUGAGUAGAGCAUUAGAUAUCUUACCUCUCAGCUUGUUGAAGAUAGCCGCAGACACCAGAGAGCAAGUGGAGCUUCUUCACAAGCAAGUCAAACGAGUUGAUUUGUUGGUUGAUUCUCGAGAGAUUCAGAGAAGUGAGGAACUUCUUCAAGUGAUGAUGGCUAGUAGCUGUGCCGGUAAAGGCAGCAAGAGUAAAGGCAUCAUUGACUUUGAGAAACUCAAGGUGAUUAUGACUCAAAUUGGAUUGAGAACCCCUCUUGAUUAUGAAGAAGAGAUUUCAAAGCUCGAGGCUGAAGCAGAGAAGCAAGCAGGAACAGGGGGGCUCAUCGUUGUUUCCAAUAUCAACAAUCUUAUUUCACUUGUUUCUUUGUCGAAAUCCAUGGUUUUCAGCAAAGAAGAUCAUAAAACAGCCCAAGAGGAUGACACAAGGCAGUGUAUGGGUCAAAAUUCCCAACAGCAUCAUUAUUCAUCUACUCGAUCAAUGGUCAUCAACAUUCCAGAUGAAUAUCGUUGCCCAAUUUCGCUUGACUUAAUGCGGGAUCCAGUGAUAGUAGCAUCCGGGCACACAUAUGAUCGGGUCUCAAUUGCACAGUGGAUUAACUCCGGGCACCAUACAUGUCCGAAAAGUGGACAGAGGCUAAUUCACAUGGCCCUCAUUCCAAACUAUGCACUGAAAAGCUUGAUCCACCAAUUUUGCCAAGAAAACAACAUACCCAUAACUGAUCCUGCAACAUCAAGUUCUUCAUCAUCUCAUCUUGAAAGAAGCCCUAGUAUCAAGAGGAAGCUACCUGAAAAGGCGCUUGAUUACAUUUCCGCCACAAAAGCUGCCAUGGAUGCUGUGAAAAUGACAGCAGAAUUCUUGGUGGGAAAGUUAGCAAUGGGAUCACUUGAUAUCCAGAGGCAAGCAGCAUAUGAGUUGAGACUACUAGCCAAAACUGGGAUGGACAACCGGAGGAUAAUUUCAGAGGCGGGAGCAAUUCCAUUUUUGGUAACCUUACUUUCAUCACAUGAUCCAAGAAUACAGGAGAAUGCAGUCACAACACUUCUAAACCUUUCCAUAUUUGAAAACAACAAGGUGUUAAUAGUGGCUGCAGGAGCAAUAGACAGCAUAGUAGAUGUACUGGGUUCAGGUAAAACAAUGGAGGCCAGAGAAAAUGCAGCAGCAACAAUAUUCAGCUUAUCGAUAAUUCAUGAUUAUAAAGUGAUUAUUGGUAGUCGUCCAAAAGCUAUUCCAUCUUUGGUUGGGCUAUUAAAAGAUGGAACUACGGCGGGAAAAAGAGAUGCUGCAACAGCAUUGUUUAAUCUUGCACUUUAUAGUGUAAAUAAAAUCAAUGUUGUCCUUUCAGGGGCAGUACCUCUUCUAAUUGAUUUGUUGAUGGAUGAUAAGGCUGGAAUCACUGAUGACGCAUUGGCAGUGCUUGCUCUGCUAUUGGGGUGUUCUGAAGGACUUGAAGAAAUAAGGAAGUGUAAAGUUUUGGUUCCAAUUCUCAUUGAUCUUUUAAGGUUUGGAUCGCCAAAGGGAAAGGAGAAUUCAAUAACCCUCCUAUUGGGGCUCUGUAAAGAUGGUGGUGAUGAAGUUGCUAGAAGACUAUUGAUGAAUCCAAGGAGCAUACCAUCUCUUCAAAGCUUGGCUGCUGAUGGAUCUAUGAAAGCUCAAAGAAAGGCUGAUGCUCUGCUUAGAUUGCUCAACAGAUGCUGCUCACAUUCUCGGAAUCCUGUCGAAUAAAAACACACACAGAGAUUGAUUGAUUGCAAAUUAAAAAUGUAAAUUCAUGGAGAUGACAUAAAUGAAAAUGUUGUUUUAUCUGUUCAUGUAAUUCAACCCUCUUUCAAUGCAUAAGUUGUUUUACCCUUCAUAACCCAAGCUGCAUUAGGUAAACAAAAACAACUCCUAUUUACACAUAGAUCCCUUCAGUCUUUAGAUAUUCUUAUGCAUGUACUUCAUGGAGGAAUGCAAAUCAAAGAUUAUCCAGCAAUAGGAAUAACUAUGUAACACACCGUUGUUUGCUAAGAAAAAACCUCCACAUUGAUGUUUGCUGGAAUAGUGUCCACCGUGAACCAAUAAGGUAAACAAGAGCUGGAACUAAAAAGCAGACCAAGAUCAUAAAAAUGAAAAGCAAGUCAUAUACAAAUAACAAGAAUUAGGGGUAGCCAAAUCCGUACACAUAUAGAAAGUUAUGAUAAACAGCACAAUGUAACCCAAUGAUACACUGCAAACUGUUGUCACAUGAAGCCUCUUCAUGAGAGGUCGUUAGCUUAUAAUAUUUUGUCCGCACCACAAUCUUACAUGAUGCAUGAUAUUGGCAAAAAAUGAAAACUAUAAAUACACAACUUACUCAAUAAGCGAA